AUGAUGAUCCCUGUUGAGCCUCAUGAAGAACAUGCUGGAGAGAAUAAGGAGGUCUCUAGUAGAAUGAGGGAACCCAUCAAGUAUCCUGAGCACCUUAGUCACCAGGUGAUUGAGAAAUUCAACAGCCUUUUGAAUUUCUGUCCAUCAGAAACUCAUACAAGGGAGAAAUCCUAUGAAUGUCAGGCGUGCAGGAAAGUGUUCUCCGGUAAGUCAGUUCGUGUUCUACAUGAGAGGACUCACACUGGAGAGAAAUGCUAUGAAUGUGAAAGGUGUGGGAAAGCUUUUUCCAGGAAGUCUCACCUUACUGAGCAUCAGAAAAUUCACACUGGAGAGAAGCCUUACGAAUGUCAAGAGUGUAGGAAGACUUUCCACUGGAAAUCAUCCCUCCCUCACCAUCAGAGAGGUCACACUGGAAUGAAGCCUUAUGAAUGUAAAGGGUACAGGAAGACUUUCGACUGGAAAUCAUCCCUCACUGAACAUCAGAGCGGUCACACUGGUGAGAAACGCUAUGAUUGUGAAGGGUGUGGGAAAGCAUUUUAUCGUAAGGCACACCUUAUUAGACAUCAGAGAAUUCACACUGGAGAGAAACCCUAUGAAUGUGAACGUUGUGGGAAAGCUUUUUCCAGUAAGUGUUACCUCAAGGAGCAUCAGAGAAUUCACAGUGGAGAGAAGCCUUAUGAAUGUCAAGAGUGUCGUAAGAAUUUCCAAUGGAAAUCAUCCCUCAGUCUCCAUCAGAGAAGUCACACUGGAGAGAAGCCUUAUGAAUGUCAAGAGUGUAGGAAGACUUUCCAGUGGAAAUCAUCCCUCAGUAAACAUCAGAGAAUUCACACUGGAGAGAAACCCUAUGAUUGUGAAGGGUGUGGGAAAGCUUUUUCCCGUAAGUCCAACCUCAUUAGACAUCAGAGAAGUCACAAUGGAGAUAAACCCUAUGAUUGUGAAGGGUGUGGAAAAGCUUUUUCCCGUAAGUCCAACCUCAUUAGACAUCAGAGAAGUCACGCUGGAGAGAAACCCUAUGAUUGUGAAGCGUGUGGGAAAGCUUUUUCACGUAAGUCACACCUCAUUACACAUCAGAGAAUUCAUAAUGGAGGGAAAUCCUAUGAGUGUCAAGAAUGUGGGACGGCUUUCCACCAGAAAUCAUCCCUCAGUAAACAUCAGAGAAGUCACAGUGGAGAGAAGCCUUAUGAGUGUCAAGAGUGUGGAAAAACUUUUUCCCGUAAGCAAGCUCUCACUGGACAUCAGAGAUGUCGCUGGACAAAAUCCCUAUGAUUGUGAAGAGUGGGAAUACUUUUCAGGAAGUCAGCCCUCACUAGGCAUGACAAACUCCACACUGGAGGGAAACACUAUGAAUGUCAAGAGUGUGCAGGCAAUCCUCCCCUGGUGGUGCAGGUGGUUAAGCGCAUUGCUGUGAAGCUGUCCGUGACUUUGCGGUGGGAGUUUGAUUUCCUGGCCGGCCAGGAGCAGCCCCAUGGUGCGGCAGACCUCUCCAUUCUGGCCCACUGCAUGUAUUUCAGCAGUGUAUUUCGGUCAGUCUGCCUGUACUGUUCCCCGCUCUGUCUCUGCUGCAUGCUCUCACCCUCCCACACAUCUGGCCUGUACCCUGGUUCUUGUAUGUUUGAAUAAAUAAAAAUCUUUUAAAAAUAUUCAAACGUAGGAGCUCAAACCACAUCAUGCAGCUGAGAGCAAUGGGAACUGACAUACGGUUUCAAUCCUAAUUGCGUGGAGUUACCUGGUUCACUCUGUUCUCCCAAGUUCAUGCAGUCAUGAUGUUGCUGUUCCUGUUGCCGUUGCCUCUAGUAUCCUCUUAAGUUCCUGGGCGAUGCUAUGCCUGUCCACAGCAGCUGUCUGUCUACAUGGCACACUGCAUGUUGCGUGGGAAACAUCCUUCAGGCUACAUCAUGAAAUUUACUAAGAAGCACCCUUUGAUU